AGUCGGUGAGUGCAAUCGAGCUUGGCAUAAUGAGCUGCAACGGCUGCCGGGUGCUGCGCAAGGGCUGCAGCGAGGCCUGCGUGCUGCGCCCCUGCCUGCAGUGGAUCGACGCCGCCGACGCGCAGGGCCACGCCACCGUCUUCGUCGCCAAGUUCUUCGGCCGCGCGGGACUCCUCUCCUUCAUCUCCGCCGUCUCCGACGACCAGCGCCCUGCCUUGUUCCAGUCGCUGCUGUACGAGGCGGCGGGGCGCACCAUCAACCCGGUGCACGGCGCCGUGGGCCUGCUCUCGACCGGGAGCUGGCACCUCUGCCAGGCCGCCGUGGAGACCGUGCUGCGGGGAGGCGUCAUCGGCCCGCUGCCGGACCUCGCCGGAUCAGGAUGCGGCGCCGUUGCCGGAGGGGACCUCUACGGUGGCAGCGGCGCCUCUGCCAAGCGCGCCGGCGGGUGGUCGACCUUCUCCACCGCCAAGAGGGCGAGGAAGUCGACCGAGGCGCCCGCCCCGUCGUGCGAUCUCGGCCUCUGCCUGAGCCCAAGGUCUCCAGCAGCGGCCAUGCCGCGGCCGGGGACGCCGUCCGUCAGCUCCGACGGGUCCGUGACCACCACCACCACAAGCAGCGGCGGCGGCGAGCGGGAGGCGGUGCUGCUCAACCUUUUUCUCUGAGACCGCCUUUGACGAC